CUCGCUCGCCGGCCGGGAGGCCCCGGAGCCGGCCCAUGGGGAGCGGGCGCCCGGCGCUGGCCACGACGACCGCCGCCGCCCGCGCCGCGCCUGGCCCGCGAAGCCCAGGGACCCCCUCUGGGAGAGCCCCAUGAGGGCAGGAGAGUGAUGGAGAGUACGCCCAGCUUCCUGAAGGACACCCCAGCCUGGGAGAAGACAGCCCCCGAGAAUGGCAUCCUGGGACGGGAGCCGGAUACCCUGCCUCGAGAUGGUCUGCGCCGUGGUGCACUGUGCCUCGGAGAGCCUGCUCCCUUCUGGAGGGGUGUUCUAAGCCCCCCAGACUCCUGGCUUCCCCCUGGCUUUCCCCAGAGCCCCAAGGACACAAUCCCACUGGUGGAGGGAGAAGGCCCCCGAAAUGGGGAGAGGAAGGCCAGCUGGCUGGGCAGCAAGGAGGGGCUGCGCUGGAAGGAGGCGGUGCUCACCCACCCACUGGCCCUCUGUGGCUCGGCAUGCCCACCUCGUUAUGGCCCCCUGAUUCCUGAGCAUAGUGGUGGCCAUCCCAAGAGCGAUCCUGUGGCCUUCCGGCCCUUGCAUUGCCCCUUCCUUCUGGAGACCAAGAUCCUCGAGCAAGCUCCCUUCUGGGUGCCCACCUGCUUGCCACCCUACGUAGUGUCCAGCCUGCCCCCAGAGCGUCCGUGUGACUGGCCCCUGGCCCCACACCCCUGGGUGUAUUCAGGGGGGCAGCCCAAAGUGCCCUCUGCCUUCGGCUUAGGCAGCAAGGGCUUUUACCACAAGGAUCCAAGCAUUCUCAGGCUGGCAAAGGAGCCACUGGCAACCGCGGAACCUGGGCUGUUAGGCUUUGCCCCUGGUGGGCAUCUCCAGAGAACUGGGGAAGCGGAACGUCCUUCAUUCCACCAGAGAGAUGGAGAGGCAGGAGUCGGCAGGCAUCAGAAUCUUUGCCCAUUCCUGCUGGGGCAUCCAGACGCUGUUCCCCGGACCCCCUGGCCUGGUUGUCCCCCGGGCCUGGUUCAUACUCUCAGCAACGUCUGGGCUGUACCGGGGGGUGGGAGCCUUGGGUACCAGCUGGGACCAUCAGCCACAUCCAGGUGUCCCUCUCCUGGGCCUCCUACCCCCCAGGGAGGCUGUUGCUCAUCUCACCCACCUGCUAGAGAUGGAGGCCUUGGCCCUUGUGGGAAGUGCCAGGAGGGGGGUGCCAUCGGGCCCAGUGAAUCCAAUGAGGAAGUGAACAAGGCAACUGGUCCCAGGGCCUGCCCACCCAGCCAUCACACCAAGCUAAAGAAAACAUGGCUCACACGACACUCUGAGCAGUUUGGGUGCCCAGGGGGCUGCCCCAGGGAUGAGGAGAGCCCACCUGCCCAGCUGCAGGCCCUCAAGAGGGCAAGCAGCCCUGAGGGAGCUGGUGGCAGCCCAGCUGCCAAGCGCCCACCCAACCCUUUCCCAGGCAGUGUGGGACAGGGGACCAAAGGCUGGCAGGAGAUGCUGGAGUCAUCGUUUGGGAACAAGGUGGAGGCCUCACAGCAUACUAACCACAGAGGACCCCAAGAUGGCAGGGCCAGCCUCCAGGACCCGGGGCUUCAUGACACAUCUUGUUCGGCUCCCCGGGCAGGCACGGCUCAGUGCCAAAGCUGUGCCCGUGCAGCUGGAGAGGCGGGAGGGCUGGCCCGCCCCUCCCAGCAAGUGGCGAGAUUGCCUCUGGGAGGGGAGCAGCCGCAGGAGGAAGACUCUGCAGCCUGCCCUGAGGAGGGAGGAUGGUCUGGCCCUGAGGCCAGGCUCAGCAAGGGCCUCGCCAAGCAUCUGCUAAGUGGUUUGGGGGACCGACUGUGCCGCCUGCUGCGGAGGGAGCGUGAAGCUCUGGCCUGGGUGCAGCGGGAAGGCCAGGGGCCAGCCAGGACGGAGGACAACCCAGGCGUUCCUCGCUGCUGUAGCCGCUGUCACCGGGGACUCUUCAACACCCACUGGAAAUGCCCGCACUGCAGCCACCGGCUGUGUGUGGCUUGUGGUCGCAUGGCGGGGGCUAGGUGGGCCAGGAAAGCAGGCCCUCAGGAGGAGUCCGUGGAGGAGUGUCCCCAAGAGGCUGGGCAUACUGCCAGUUCCCUGACGCUCACCCAAUUUGUUUCCAGCCAGGCCUUGGCAGAGUUGAGCACCGCCAUGCACGAGGUUUGGGUCAAGUUUGACAUCCGGGGGCACUGCCCCUGCCAAGCUGAUGCCCGGGUGUGGGCUCCUGGGGAUGGGGGCCAGCAGAAGGAGCCGACAGAGAAAACUCCCCCAGUUCCACAAUCUUCUUGCAACGGGGAUACCAACAGAACCGAGGACAUCAAAGAGGAGACCCCGGACUCCACUGAGACCCCGGCAGAGGACCGUGCCGGCCGAGGGCCCCUACCUUGUCCCUCUCUCUGUGAACUGCUGGCCUCCACCGCUGUCAAACUCUGCUUGGGGCACGAGCGGAUACACAUGGCCUUUGCCCCGGUCACUCCUGCCCUGCCCAGUGAUGACCGCAUUACCAACAUCCUGGACAGCAUCAUUGCGCAGGUGGUGGAACGGAAGAUCCAGGAGAAAGCCCUGGGGCCUGGGCUGCGGGCCGGGCCAGGACUACACAAAGGCCUGGGCCUGCCCCUCUCACCAGUGCGGCCCCGGCUGCCUCCUCCCGGAGCUCUGCUGUGGCUGCAGGAGCCCAGGCCUCAGCGAGGCUUCCGUCUCUUCCAGGAGCACUGGAGGCAGGGCCAGCCUGUGUUGGUGUCAGGGAUUCAGAGGACAUUGCGAGGCAACCUGUGGGGUACGGAAGCUCUUGGGGCUCUUGGAGGCCAGGUGCAGGCACUGACCCCCCUCGGACCUCCCCAGCCCACAAGCCUCCACAGUACAACAUUCUGGGAGGGAUUCUCCCGGCCUGAAAUUCGCCCAAAGUCAGACGAGGGCUCCGUCCUUCUGCUGCACAGAGCUCUGGGGGAUGAGGACACCAGCAGGUUGGAGAACCUGGCUGACAGCCUGCCCCUCCCCGAGUACUGUGCCCGCCAUGGGAAACUCAACCUGGCUUCCUACCUCCCACCUGGCCCCGCCCUGCAUCCACUGGAGCCCCAGCUGUGGGCAGCCUAUGGUGUGAACCCACACCGUGGGCACCUGGGGACCAAGAACCUUUGUGUGGAGGUGACUGACCUGGUCAGUGUCCUGGUAUGUGCCGAAGCCCCACCGCCUGCCUGGCACCGGGCACAGAAAGACUUCUUCUCAGGCCUGGACGGGGAGGGGCUCUGGUCUCCCGGCAGCCAGGUCAGCACUGUGUGGCACGUGUUCCGGGCCCAGGACGCCCAGCGCAUCCGCCGCUUUCUCCAGAUGGUGUGCCCGGCGGGAGCAGGCAACUUGGAGCCUGGCACCCCAGGCUGCUGCUACCUGGACACGGGGCUGCGGCGGCGCCUGCGGGAAGAGUGGGGCGUGAACUGCUGGACUCUGCUGCAGGCCCCUGGAGAGGCUGUGCUGGUGCCUGCUGGGGCUCCCCACCAGGUGCAGGGCCUGGUGAGCACCGUGAGCGUCACUCAGCACUUCCUGUCCCCAGAGACCUCUGCCCUCUCUGCUCAACUCUGCCACCAGGGACCCAGCCUGUCCCCUGACCGCCGCCUGCUUUAUGCCCAGAUGGACUGGGCUGUGUUCCAAGCAGUGAAGGUGUCUGUGGGAACAUUACAGGAGGCUAAAUAGGGGGAUUCCGGAGGGGAUCUGGGGUAGGCUGGGGACAGGUAGACCAGGUGCUCAAUCCCCACACAGCUUCAGGAGAGAAUGACACUGGGGGACUUGGGGACUUUUGAUCAAUCCCUCAGGCACCACUCUGGGCACAGGCAGGGCACCUUGUUUUCCGCUCCAAUCUGGGUCCUAAAGCCAACAACCACAGUGCCAGUGAAGCCCGCACCUGCCCUUCGCAGGCCAGCACCUGCUCUGUCCCUGCACCCCUCUCCACACUUCCACGCUGGGGGUGAAGGACUCCCUCUGACAUCUGCUCCCUGAACCCAAGAGAAAAACAGCCCUUCCUUGGGGGACCUUGGGAAUCAUUCUGGCUUAAGCAACACCUUCUGCUGCCUCAUCCCUGUUCCCACCUGUGCCCGAGUGCUGCUUACAUCACCCACAUCUUCACUGGGCUCCAGGGUGGCUCUUCGCACUGCAGGCAUGCUGGACAGGGGGCCGAUGAAAUCCUGCCCUUUUGCCAGACAACAGUGAAGUUGGAGGGGAGGGGCAUCAGGAGACUGCCCAGGCUCAGCUGGAGGGAAUGAUAUGGGCUAUGCCUUGUCCCUGCUCCCUCUUCUCGCCUCCCUCCUUCGUGAUUUCCAUUAAAGUCUUGUUGUUUUGUGA